UACAGCAUCUUUCCCUGAUUUCAAACACGUUGAAAUUCGAACUAGCAAUAUUAAUUAUUAUCAAUUAUUUUGAGAACUUUACAUAUCUUUAUUCAACAAGACAUACAAAUCAUUGAUUUGGUUCACUUCAUCAGGACUUACAAUACUAGAACUCAAUUUUUUGCAAGCCUAGCAUAGCCUGCAUUGACAUACAUUGUGCAUCACGAUUUUUCAUGUAAUCAGUGCCUACAGUCUUGUGACAUUCCAACUUUGAACAAUUAUUCAUCUUUAAAAACUACAUUAUUCUCUCCAUGAUACAUCAUCCUUGCUGAAACCCUGGUUCCUGAAUUUCAAGUCUCAUUGAAUCUCCUUAUUCAACUCUGGUUCCUGAUAUUCAAAUUUCUCUGGACAUUGAGAUUGGACGGCAGCACACUUGAAAGGCGAUUGAAUCCAUAUGGAGUGAGAGAUGUAUACUAUACAUUGAAUAGCAGAGUCGUUUACAGAAAACAGAUCUCGCAAAUAGGCUACUCUAUACAGGUUUUGCGAUUCUUGACUGAAUACGCCAAAUCACCAAUGGAUGAUUUUCCUCAACCACUGAUCAUUAAUUGUGAAGCGUUUGAUAAGGAAAAGUGUCUAAUAAGAAAUUUUUUCGGGAUGGUAUCAGACCGAUGAUAAUGUGGAAUCAGAAUACAGAUGGAAACGGACCUCCUACUCGCUCAUUAAUGACACAGCAACAACUCGACCAGUGUUUCGACCAACAUUUCGAUAUCCAAAUUUGUGGGAAGGAAGUUCGAAAAGUUAAGCACAUUCAGCACAUUCAUCGAGUUGAGAGCACAUUAACUAGGAAAGAAGAUUGCAAGCUGGCAGUAGUCUAUUAUCAAGACGGUGUCACUGUUGUUGAAAACUAUGGAAAAUUGGAAAUAAAAGCUACCAUAUUCUACAACCAUAAGUUUCAGCCAAUCAGAUUUCAUGGUUUUACUAGACCUGUUCCUGCUGCAAACUAUGAUGGAGCAUUUCGAGAGAUAAAUUAUAUGCCUGAUGUGAUUCGAAUCACGAAUGUAACACAUGGAUCCGAGUAUGGCAAUACUUAUGAGAUAGGCUCAAGAUGGGAAUACGAGCUAGAAGCUACUGCUGACGCGGUGUAA